CGACCACAAGCACCAAGCCUUCUCACUAGACUUAUAUAUGGGUCUCCAGAAAUGGUCACUAUGCACCUCCUGAGGCCAAAGGGAAUGUGCAGGUGAUGAAUAAAGAUCUAGAGGUUGAAGGGGACAAAAUGUGGCCCAAGGGGUGGAGGAUUAUAGUGCAGAGGAUGAAGAACUUCAUGAUGAACUUAGGACCCUGAUGAAUAGUGGGCGGGUUCAUGGACAUAGAGCAGCUCCCUUUCCUGUGAGAAACCACUUUAUUUAAAAAGUAAACCCCACUGUAUUCUGAGAGAAUGCUGCUUCAUUAACGUUGAUUAAGGGUAAUGAAAGGCUGAUGAUGCAUUACCAUUAUUUAACAUUAUUUCAUGUGCAUUUCCUAAAAAUCCAGAACAUAUGGAGGACAGGAGAGAAUUUACAAGAUGUUAAAAUAAGAGCAGGUGCUAAUUGAUGUGUGUAAUAUUCCUUUCUUCUCUUCCUAGAAAACAAAUAGGAUUUCCCCCCCCCCCAUCGAAAGAAGACAAUGAAGAAGGCAGUCAGAAUUCUGGGGGCCCAUGUCCAAUGGGAAUAACGAAGAAACUAUUUAAAUGCAUAGAAAGAGUGGAAAGAGAGAUAGUGUGGAAAGACAGAGGAGAAACAAUUUGAAAGUAUGGAGUGUGGGAAGAGCUUCAGUGACAGUGAAACACUUAGAAAACAUCAACGGACUCACACAGGAGAAAAGCCAUUUAAAUGCAUGGAAUGUGGAAAAAGCUUUGGUUCGAGUUCAAACCUUCGUAUACAUAAACGCACACACACAGGGGAGAAACCAUAUAAAUGUACUGAGUGUGGAAAGAGUUUCAGUCAGAUUGGACACCUUAGAAACCAUCAACGGACCCACACAGGGGAAAAACCUUUUAAAUGCAUGGACUGUGGAAAGAGCUUCACUGAUAGUGGAACAUUCAGAAAACAUCAACGAACUCACACAGGCGAGAAACCAUUUAAAUGCAUGGAUUGUGGGAAGAGCUUCACUGAUAAUAAAGUACUUAGAAUUCAUCAACGGACUCACACAGGGGAGAAACCAUUUAAUUGCAUGGAGUGUGGAAAGAGCUUCAUUCAUAGUGGAACACUAAGAGGACAUCAACGGACUCACACAGGGGAGAAGCCAUUUAAAUGUAUGGAGUGUGGAAAGAGCUUCAAUUAUAGUGGAACACUUAGAAAACAUCAACGGACUCACACAGGGGAGAAGCCAUUUAAAUGUAUGGCGUGUGGAAAGAGCUUCAGUAGAAGUGAAAGCCUUAAUUUACAUCACCAAAUUCACACAGGGGAAAAACCAUAUCAAUGUAUGGAGUGUGGAAAGAGCUUCACUUAUAGUGGAACACUAAGAAACCAUCAACGGACUCACACAGGGGAGAAACCAUUUAAAUGCAUGGAAUGUGGAAAGAGCUUCAGUUGGAGUGGGCAACUGAAUUCACAUAAUCAAACUCACACAGGGGAGUGACUAUUUAAAUGUAUGGAGUUUUGAAAGAGCUUCUUUCAGAGUGGAACCUUUAAUUCACACACGGGAAACUUAGAAGACAUCAACAGACACACCUGGGCAAAAGCAUAUAAAUGUAUAGAGUGUGGAAUGUGGAAUUCCUGGAAUGUGGAAAGAGCUUUUAUUGGAGUGGAAACUUUAGCAAACACCAGCAAAUUCACAAAGGGGAAACCACUUACUAAAAUGGAGUGUACGUAGAGCUUCAGUUCUGCUGUUCUUACAAAACAUCAAUGGACUCACAAGGAGGAGGAGCUUUAAGAGCUGAAACCCUACAAACCCCCAAAACUGAAAAUGCCAAAAUGAUUUGAAUGAAAGGAGUGCAGGAAGUGCUUCUGUUAAAUUAUAUAUAUACAUAUAUAUUAUUUUAUUUACAGAUUGCAACAUACUUUCGAGGUACACAUUUGUUUCACAUAUGACUUCCUCUCCAUGGUUUCCCCACAUAAUUUUAAAAAUUGCUGUAUAUUUCAGAUUUUCUACAGCUUACCUUUUCUACACUCUUCUCCAACAAGUAUUCAACUGUUUUUUUUUUCAUUCAGCUCCUACCUGUGUUUGUACAUGUUUACAAAAAUGCUUUAAAUAUUCAACAAAAGGUUUCUACUCCUCCUUAAAGUCUGCCUUGAUCUCUUAUUUUCAUAGUUAAAUUUGCCAAGUCGGCAUAUUCCAUCACUUUUAACUGCCACUCUCUUGAUCAAGUGUAGGAAUCUCUUGAUUUUGCCAUUUUUGUGCAUAAAGUACUCUUGCUGUUGUC